AUGGGGAAAAAUACUGUUAAAGCCAAACAGUGGUUUGCUAAGCAUUACAGAGACUCUGCAUCAGGGAAAUCAACUAUUAUUGACUGGUAUGCUGAAUUUAAACGCGAUCGUACAAACACCGAUGAUGCUGAAUGCUCUGGUCGCCCAAAAUCGGAAGUUGUUCCGGAAAACAUAAAAAAAGUCCACAAAAUAGUUUUGAAAGACUGUAAAGUGAAGUUACAUGAGAUAGCUGACACCUUAAAGAUAUCAGAAAGUAGUGCGUUUACAAUUUUACACGAAAAUUUGAGCAUGCAUAAGUUACUUUCGAAGUGGGUGCCGAGUUUGGUCACACCGGACCAAAAAAAACAACGUAUCGACGAUUCAGAGUGCUGUUUAGAGUUGUUCAAACGAGACAAAAAGAAUUUCUUGGGUCGGUAUGUGACAAUGGAUGAAACAUGGAUACUACUAUACUACUAUAAAAAGAUUGCCAGCUGA